CCACGAUAUAGUGAGAACGACAGAGUCGGAGUGCCACUGAGUGGGUGCCGUAGGUCUUUCCAAAGAUGAAGGUGCUUUUAGCCUUAUUGGCCGUAUACCUCGGCGGUCUCGCUCUCGCAGAGAAGAGGGCAGUUACCACCCCAACCGUGUGUGAGAAAAAGCUGCAAAAACUGACGCAGAAAGUAGAUAUCUUACUGCGUCAGCUCCAGCUCCAGCAGAUGUUCAUAGCGGAACGCACACGAACUGACGGCGGAUCAGGAAUAAAACAGGCGAGAUGGAGUACCAUUGGAACAAGGCCAUACCAUACAUCAAGCCACACCGUGAGUUGGGUGGCAGGCGGCCUGUAUCCAUUUACCCAGGCAAGGGAUUCUUUUGGCACGACUGGCACCAGUGCCGUGAUCAACGGAGUUGAGUUUCGCAUGGCUUCUCAAAAAACAAUAUUGUACAGGCCUGGUCAAACGUUCAAAAGUCCACUCCGAAGACUGCCUCUGCCGGCAGUGCCACCACAGGUCUUAGCUAAAAAGACUGUGCCAGAGCAGGUCGCUGAGAUGAAAGAAUGGUUCAAGGCUUGGAGGGACCAGAAUUACAAAGUGCGGGAUUACAGAAAGUACUUCAAGCCUGUUCUUUGCUACCUUGAAGGCAAAUGGCUGAAGAGUCAAGGAGACGACAAACUGCCUUUUUCACAGUCCUUUUUAUCCAACGAGGAACGCGCCCGGUACCAAGCCUACAGCGGAGCCAUUCCAGUAGAGAGACAUACCUUUAGACCAACGUCUAUCGUCGACUUUGAGAACGGUAAACCCGUGUUUGCUACUUGGGACUACAGAGUUUUGUGUCACCCCGUGAAUCAAGACAUCCCCACAAGCACCUUCCGCGUUGCUGAUGACUUGAGUAUGCGGACACCAAGGAGAUGGACUCUGGCUCAACUCUCACGUAGUGAUAUAGCCAAGUUCCAGCUUAACCCACUGAAUCGGCCAUGGAAAGCAAAUUCAGAGUUCGACGACUCCGAUUAUGAAUUUCUCGAUCAGCUGAUGUCUCAGGUCCCAGGUCCAAAUAACUACGACGGAAAGUUGUAUGACGAUUCGUUCUCCAAACCAACCCACCCUUUUACCGCUACCAACAACAAUGCUGCCAAGCUGAACACCGCGUUUUACCACAGAUGGUCAAAGGUUUCACAGACCGGAACCGGGAGUCUUAAAGCUCGCCACAGAGGAUUCUCUGACAACACGGUUUUCAUGGCACAAACAUCACAGCCGUCGGUAGCAGGGAUGAAGGUUGAAGACUGCAACUUUGUUGGAGGGAAGAAAGUAUGUAAAAGUUAUGAACAGCGCUGGUCGUACGCCAUUCCGCUCUUCGUGACCUACCUUAAUCCACUGGCUAAUUGGAAUCCAUAUGGACUGACCAUACACAUGAAUAGUUAUGAUGACAAAACGGUAUACGACAAAGGGCGAACAGGCAGGUUUACAAACUCCACAGCCUACAACGGGAUCAGCGAAUACGUUUACUACAGUACGCCUAGUGAAUUUUUCGGAAGCUCUAAGUAUGGCGACGCAAGACCAAAGGGCGUGCUCGAUCCGAAGGGAGUUAUCCGCAGCGUGAGUAAAGGCGGAAUAAGAAUGAAGUUGCCAAACAUUCCCGGGGUAGGCACUCUCCGUCAAACCUAUCCCAUUUUUCCCAUCCAUGGAGAGGGCAGCACUGCAUGGAAGGAAUACGAGGCUCUGGCUGACCUCGUUUUGAAGAGGAAAACACAUGCGAAUAUGUUAAUUGAACCAAUAUCGUAUUAAUUCUACAUACACAUUAUUGUGCCAAUUUAACUAAAAGCUCUGAUUUGUAAUUUGUGCAAUAUUUCUGGGUAAAAAUAAAAUCGACAGCAUGCAAGAUUUUGUUA